ACGCCUACAGCCAGUGGGUGGCAAAAAAUAAGCACCAUAUCAAUGAAAUGCCAUUUUCCAUCUACAGUAUAAUGUUUUCGCUAUGCCGGAAAGUUGGAGCGCAGCCUGCUCUCUGGCUAGAUAGCUCUUCCCCCUACUGAAUAACAAGGCUGGAAAUCAAGAGGGGAGUAAGACAAAAAGGAAACACGGCUCCUCUGUGUGAGAUCUCACCACGGACACGGGAUAUUUUUCACCUGGCUUGGCUCUUUAAUGGAACAAAUGUGGACUUAUCGAGCGCGGCAAAGCAGGGCAUGGCUUUAAGCAGAUUCCUGCUGCUGUGUAUGCUAGCCUCUGAAGUUUGGGAUGCCGGGACCAAGCCCAUUGACUUUGUGUGCAGCAGAUCAGCCAGGAGGGCAAUGAAUAUUGUGUCAGAGAUACAAACUGCAAUGAACGACUGCAACAGUUCCACCAGCCUGUCCACGCCAGUUCAUCUACCCUGCACUGUGCUCCACGUAGCAUCUUGGGAAAGAAAAUCACACCAGGAGAGAAGACAAGACAUCAGUGCAUCCUUGAGGCUUCUUAUGGAGGGUGUGAAGGUGGCAAGGCACCCCAGCCAGGCUGAAUGCAGCUUGGUGCUUUUACAGAGACUGGAGCACAACAUCAACAGUUACCUCCUCAUCCUCACACAUCUUCAAUUGAGUGUAAGGAGCUGUCAAGGUGACACACUAUGGGAGGAAAGCACAAGCAGACCAGCAGGGAUCAAUGGAGAGCACAGAAUUGUCUUGUGUUCCCGGAAGCAGCCUCAGUUUGAGCACGGUCCUGCUGAACUACAACCGCCUGAUCACAGGAAAACUGGAGCGGUUGAUGAUUAGCCUAGAAAGCAGAUGCACUUCCCAAUGACAAGAUGAACAUCUUCAGGAAACACCACUCUUUGUUGAUCCAAUAAUGGGGGAAGGGCUCUUUUUAAAGGGAUUAGAAAAAAAUAUUUUGCAAUGUUCUGAACUCCUGUUUCAAUACGUUGACCAUAACAAUGCUGCCCGGAGGAGUUGUGAUAGUGUGCAUGUAGUUCAACUUCCCAUAGCUGUGUCAUGUUGUUGGACCGUAAACUAGUCGCGAAUGAAGCAACAGCGCUUUUGCUGGUUGCAGUCAAGUAGUGCACUCCAUUUUUUGUCAAUUGCUUCCAGACCAAUAAAUCAACAAUCAAUUC